AUGUGGCCAGAGUCACCAGCUUCAAAAGUGGAGGGGUUUGCUGCCAGUGAACCUGGUUGCCCUUUCCGCGUCGUCGUCAUCUUGGUGAAGGCGAACGGCUCCAGCAGCGUCAUCGCGUCCAUCAUCCGCGUCACCUGGUGCAGCGCAGAGUGCGACGACCUCGGGCUGCAACACAGCACGCAGUCGGCUAAAUGCAAACCAGACAGCCUGUGCAAACUGUAUGAGAUGGAUGAGAACCACGAGCGACGCAUGUGGCUUGACAAACUGCUGCAGUUCAUGGAGGAGCGUGGAACACCUAUCUCAGCAUGUCCCACCAUCUCCAAGAAUCCUCUCGAUCUCUAUUGGUUGUAUGCUUACGUCAAGGAAAGAGGGGGCUUCAUGGAGGUCACAAAAAACAAAACCUGGAAAGACAUUGCAGGGCUUUUAGGCAUCGGAGCAUCUUCAAGUGCUGCAUAUACACUUCGGAAGCAUUACACGAAAAACCUUUUGGCCUUCGAAUGUCACUUUGACCGUGGAGGUAUAGACCCACAACCAAUUAUAAAUCAAGUGGAAUCUACUUCGAAGAAGAAGAUGACCAAGACAUCAUCAGUUCCAUCUCCAGGCUCAUCAAAUUCACAGGAUUCAUUUCCAGCAGCUGGUUCAAGUGGAGCAUCCAUGGAUGGAUACAGUUACGGUUACCCACCAGGAAGCACACCUGAUUACAGUUCUCCACCAAUGCAAAGGCCUUCCUCCCAAACAAAUGCCCCUUCGCCCCACCCGGGUGUGGGGGUGCCGACGCAAGGUGCGGGGGAUAACAUUAGCGUUUCCAACCCUUUUGACGACAUGGCGACUGGGCAGAGGCCCAAUCCUUACUGCCCUUCUGGAGGCCCCUCUCGUCCCCAAGGAAUUCAGCAAGGCUAUCAAGGCCAGUCCGGGUACUCUCAGUAUCCGGAUCAGUAUCCCCAUAGUCGUGGACAACCAACGAAUAUGGGGCAGGAAUUCAAUCAGCAGUACUCUCCCAGCAGCUCAUAUCCACCUGCUCGGCCUAUGUAUCCUCCCUACGCUUCUGAGGCUGAAAGUUAUGGACAAGGUAGUGGGAUGCAGCAGGCGGCUAGUGGUCAAGAUCCCUUUGGACACAACUGGUACGGGGGGCCCAGCCAGCCACCUGGCUAUCCUUCACGUACUGGCUAUCCUGCUCCACCUACGGGACCACCAGCACAGCAACCCACAGGGUAUCCACCACAGCAAGACUAUUACCGUCAAGAUCCGGUAUAUUCUGGUCAACAAGCAGCUACUGCAACUGGCCCAGGUGGUCAGAUGUAUCCUGGAAGCCCUCAUAGUAAAUCAAUGCCACCUCCAGCUCCACAGACCCCUAGAAGGCAUCCAGAUUUUGCAAAAGACCCACAGCAGUCUCCCUAUCCACCAUAUAGUCAACAAAGGCCUUCUAUAUAUGGCUGGAGUAGUGGUAACACUCAGUAUCGGGCACAGUACCCUCCACAAGGACCUGUUCCACAAGGGCCUCCACAGUGGAAACAAAAUGCUCAACGAGCUGGUGGUCCUGUGCCUGGUCAGCCAGCUAACAGCCAGUGGGACCAGCACCGCUACCAAGCUAGUGGACAGUCACCGUAUCAGCCUCCACAACAGGCGCAGCUGCGUGGGAUGAAUAAUGCGCAAAUCUACCAACAACAGAGUGCCCCAAAGCGAGAGAUCGUUUUCCCUCCAGAAAGUGUGGAAGCAACAUUGCCUGUUUUGUAUAAACGCAAGCGAAUGACACGAGGGGAUGUAGCACCUGUAGAAGCAUGGAGGCUUAUGAUGAGUCUGCGCUCUGGCGUACUGGCAGAGAGUGCUUUGGCUCUGGAUAUUCUCAACAUCCUUUUGUUUGAUGAUAGCACAGUUGCAUAUUUUGGACUAGCCCACAUGCCAGGACUCCUUGAUGUGCUGUUGGAGCAUUUCAGACGCAGUUUAGCUGACAUGUUUGACUCGCCUCUUCCAGAUUCUGGGAAGAAGUGGUUCCAGGCACCAAAGGUGGAAACACCGGAAGUGGAACUAGGCCAAGUUAGAGUGCCAGUUGAUCCUGCAGAUCACAUCACAUUAAUGAAAUCGACACCAAAUUAUACUCUUGUGACUAGAAAGGGUGAGGUAGUUCGAAUUGUGAACAAAGAUAAUGAGAUUUUUGCUGUGGAUAAUCGGAAGAGCUGGGACAUUGAAGGUGACUUGGCAGAAAACGAUGAUGUGGUUCAGGACCCGUGGCAGUUGACCUCUUCAGACAUCAGUUCGAUGAAGUACAUUGUGUCAUGUUUCCAAGGAGAGUUCGGUAAUGUUCCAUUUGCGAGACUGCUCGAUGACAGUAAAACUGUAGGUGCCGAAGAGGAAGAAGAUUGUCGGACAAAAGUAAGAGAAGAAGAAUCGUAUCCCAUUGAAAACUUGAGUGUAACUCCUCCUAUAGUGCUAAAAGUGGAAUGUAGUGAUGACAACGGUGUUAUUGAUAGUUCGAGCAGUGCAUCUAAUGUGAUACUUAAUGAGGAACAUUUGAGUAAAGACAGCUCCUUCAUAGAUGUGCAGGAUAGUGAUGAAGUGAAACGGACUAAAACUAUUUUGAGUGAUGUGUUUUCGCGGAUAAAAACGGAAAAUACGGAAGAAAAUUCAUUGCUGCCUGAACACUGUGUAGACCCCUUAGAGCCUCCUAAAGAAACUGUAGAAGUGAAAAAGGAAGCAAACUGUGUCGAAAGUGAGAGCAGUAGUAAUUAUGAAAGGGAGUUGCCGCAUUCUCCAAAUGUACCAAAGGAUAUUGAAACAAAGAGUGAUAAUGCUGUAUCAGAAACUAGUGACACAAAUAAUUUUAGCAGCAGUAACAUAAAAACAGAACAUACAAACAAUGACAAUAGUUCUAAUAGCAAUGAGAGUAGUAUAUUCAACAUAAGCAAAGGUGAUAACUGUAACAGCACAACACCGAAUGAAUCCAGUUUCGAUUAUAAGAUCAAAGAAGGUGUUGAAAGUGAAAUUAUUGCCAGUGAAGAAAACAGUGAAGGUAAUGAAAGUGCUGGAAAUGCUGUUGAAGGAACUAGCCUUAACAAUUGCGAAUGUUUAGAAAGCAAUGGAAGUAGUAAUGGCAACAACAGUUGUAAUGAAACUGUAAAAGAACACGAAGAAACAGAAACAGAAAUGGAACAAGAUGUGUUCCUCGAAGGUUCUGAACAUGAAGGAAAAGACAUAAAAAUGGAAGAUGACUAUGGUGACGAAGUUGAAGAAAAGUCAAAAGUAACAGAUGUGAGACCAGAGAUAAAGGGAGAAAACAGGGGCGGCAUACAAAUAAGGGAUCCUGCGGGAACGUUGAAAAGAAGACGUAUGUCAGAUUAUGAAGAAGAAUGUUACGCGAGAGAUGAAGUGAGCCUUUACCUUGUUACUGAUACACAGGAUGCAAAGGCAAGGCGUUGUGUUUGUCUUUCAAAUAUUUUGAGGAAUCUGACAUUUGUCCCGGGCAAUGAAGCAGAGUUUGCCAAAAAUGUUACAUUCCUUGGUUUGUUGGGGAAGCUUUUACUCUUACACCACGAACAUCCUCCUCGUGCACAGAAACAGCGCAAUUAUGACCGUGAAGAAGAUGCUGACUUUGCAGAUUCUUGUAGCAGUUUACAAGGUGAGGCGGAAUGGUGGUGGGACUUCUUGCACCAUGUGCGCGAAAAUGUGUUGGUGACAGCAGCUAAUAUUGCCGGUCAUAUGGACCUCGGUCAACAUCCUGAGGAAGUGUCGCGGCCCGUAAUUGAUGGACUUCCUCACUGGGCAGUUUGUCCAGCUGCUCAUGGUCAGGACCCAUUUCCAAGAUCUUCAGGCUCGUUGUCACCCCAGCGCCUCGCACUGGAAGCUCUGUGCAAAUUGUGCAUAACGGACUCUAAUGUAGAUCUGGUUGUAGCUACGCCACCCUACUCCCAUUUGGAACGUCUGUGUGCUGUGCUGACACGACUUCUGUGCCGUUCAGAAGAGCAAGUGCUACGAGAGUUUGCAGUGAAUAUGCUGCACUACCUGGCCACUGCGGACAGUGGUGUGGCACGUACUGUUGCACUGCAGAGCCAGUGUGUGUCCUUGCUAGUAGCAUUCAUCGAGCAGGCGGAAGCUACUGCAUUAGGGGUAGCCUAUCAGCACGGUAUCGGUGCACUUAGAGACAAUCCAGAUGCUAUGGGAACCAGUCUGGAUAUGCUGAGGCGUGCGGCUGGUACAUUACUUCAUCUGGCAUGACAUCCUGAAAACCGGCCGCUCUUCCUGCAGCAAGAACAGCGUCUGUUAUCCCUCGUCAUGAGCCACAUCCUCGAUCAGCAAGUGGCAGCUGUAAUCUCCAGUGUUCUUUUCCAGUGCUCACGGCCCUCUUCGUAGCAUGCACAGCAGUUGUAGACAACUAAGUGGUGAAACUGGCACGGAUGUUUCCUUCUCUUGUGAUUUUUGCUGAAACAUUUUGUGAGAGAUGACUUUUGAGUCUGAAUGUAAUGAGGACUGAGUUUCCGGUUCGUCAGUCCUUUAUUCCUUUCUUUUGUGCCUUGCCGAAAUGGUGUUAGUUAAAUGUACAGUUAGUUAUGAGUGAAGUGGAAGUAUAUGUUUGUUUACAGGAGGAAGUCGGCUGAUGUUGAUAUUAUGUACAAACAGUCAGACUGUCUUUGAUUAGAUUUAAUAGAUAUAAAUAAAUAAAUACAAAUACAAA